AUGCUCUCACGUGUUGCUGCAGCUGUCAAGGCACCCCGCACACACAACCGUCGCCGUGUGACCGGAUCCAGCGGAAGGAGGAGGGAAGGAAGAGAGAGUGAGCCGCAGAGGCCUAACAUGUCCCGGCAUCACUUCUACUCGGCGGUGCUGCUCCUAUUUGUCGUUAUGAUGUGCUUUGGCAGUGGAGCUGCGUCCGCUGGGGGCCGUAAUCCAAGGAAUACCAUUGAUCCAUUUAAGGGGACGGCGUCGAUACCGCUUGCUAAUUGGAGGGGGUUUAAGGAGGCCGGAAGCAAAAUCACCUCGCUCCGUGUUCCUGGCCUCGUUAAAGUGGGUGAUGAUGUAUUUGCCGUUGCUGAAGCGCAGUGCGGGGAGGAGAGCGGAGCCGGCAGCUGUGCUGGGAUUGUGUCAAAGCACCUGGAUAUAAGUGAUGACUCAAUGGAUAUUUCGAUGUCGGAUAUAAGUUUGUUUUGCAUGCAACUUGUGGACACCGCCGCGAAUAAUUUUGGGACAACAGAAGUGUUGCGGCCAACGACGCUUGUAAUUGGGGACAGUGUUUACAUGCUCCUGGGAAACCAAAGCCGUAAAAAGCCGCAGGAUGAAGUUAAGAAUGAGCGGGGCCUUUUACUCGUGAAGGGAACUGUCACGGUGGAUGGUGGAAACACCAAGAAACUUUUGUGGAAUGAGGCCCAUGUGGUGAAGCCUGAACCCAAAGGAGAUUCUCUUUCCUUGACCGAGUUAAUUGGCGGUGGAGGAUCGGGCGCUGUGAUGCGUGACGGCACGCUUGUGUUUCCCAUUCAGGCCAAAAACAAGGAUGGAACGAGUGUUUUACUGUCCAUGAGUUUUGACCCGUCAAAGAAGAAAUGGGAAUUUUCAUCUGAAGCGACUGGUAACGGCUGCAGGGAUCCAUCCAUUGUGGAGUGGGGAGAAAACGAAGGCGACGAAAGACCCUUCAUGAUGGCUCAUUGUGCUGGAGGCUACUAUGACGUUUACAGGUCCACUCCGGAAGGAGUCAGUUGGUAUAAUUUGGGUGAGCCAAUUAACCGCGUGUGGGGCAACUCGCGUGGUCGAACAGGGGACGGCGUCAAGAGUGGAUUUACCACCGCCACCAUUGAGGGUAAGGAGGUGAUGCUCAUCACCGCGCCGGUGUAUGCCGCAAAGGAAAAUGGAAGUGAAGAGGGUCGGCUUCAUCUUUGGGUGACGGACAAUGCACGUGUGUAUGAUGUUGGGCCGAUAUCUCGUGGAGGAGAUGACGCUGCCGCCAGUUCUCUUCUGGUGAAAAGUAAGGAUGAGCUGAUUUUACUUUACGAGAAGAGGAAUGAUGACGGGCCAUACAGUCUUGUCGCCAUGCGCCUGACUGAGCAGCUGGAGCGGAUAAAGUCUGCGGUGAAGACAUGGAAAGAAUUGGACAACGCCUUGAAAGUUCCCACUGAGGGGCUGGUUGGUGUUUUGUCCGGCACAUUGGACGGGACUGCAUGGAAGGACGAGUACCUCGGCGUGAAUGCCACAGUGAGGGGCGGAGUGACCAGCACGGAGAGCGGUGUGACGCUUAGGGGAGCAGAGGCGCAGUGGCCUGUUGGCGACAUGGGGCAGACUGUGCCGUACUACUUUACAAACAACAAGUUCACUCUUUCGGCGACGGUGACCAUCCACGAGGUGCCGAAGGAAGGCAGCAGCCCUUUGAUUGGUGCGAGGCUGAACGACCAAGACGGCACGGUGCUCUUUCAGCUCUCGUACACGAGUGAAGGAAAUUGGAACCUCACACUUCACAAGAAGGAUUUUUUGGUGAAGCCGUCUGGUGAUGUUGGCAAUUGGGAAAAGAACACGGCAAUUCGAGUGACGGUGCAAAAGAAUAACGAUGAUGAAUGGUUUGUGUACGCUAAUGGGAGAAGAAUAUACGAGACGGAUGAAGAAGAACUGGAAGAGGAGGAAAUGGCUCAGCACCGUAACGCUGAUCAGUUUGGUUCACACAGGAUCUCACACUUCUUCUUUGGUGCGGGCAAUAAGGAAGAUGAAGAGAGCAGCCCUGUGACGGUGGCUGAUGUCCUUCUGUACAACCGCAUACUGUAUGGUGAUGAUUUCAGAAGCCUCAACGCCAGGACAGUCCCUAUUCGACAUCCGGCUGCCGAAGAACUGGACACUGCGGUGAAAUUCACAGCGACGGAGGAAGAAAAGCAGAAGGUCAGACAGCUGGACGUUGCACAGCUGGGAGCUGCAACGCGGGAGGCCACAACGCAGGAAGACACACAGCCGGCAGCUACACUGCAGACGGCCACACAGCUGACGACUUCCUUGGCAGACGUUGAAGAGGCUCCAAUUGCACAGCCGACUGAACCUCAGUCUGUCCGUGUUCUUGCGGGCAGUCAAUCGAGUGCUGAGAAUGUUAUGGAAGAAUUGCGUCUACACACUGCCGCCAAAAAUGACAGUUCCGUUCCAGGAACCAAUCACUCAGUAUCCGAUGGCAGUAUGGGUCCAGAGGACCGCCUCGCCCUGAUCACCGACGCGAAAUUGAUCCUGCAUGAUUUACGUGGUGACAGCACUGCGUUUGCGUGCGUCUCCCGGGCGUUGCUGCUUCUUCUGGGACUGUGUGCACUUGUGGCAGUCUUGUGA